CCGGCGCUGACGCCACUUCCGCCGCGGACGCGCAGGAUCCACGUAGCGAAGUCGCCGCGGCCUGCGCGGCUCUCCCCAUCGCGAGGGCUCCAGAUCUUAAUCUUCUGUGUCGAGCAUGCUCUUCAAUGGGACAAGAAAGAAUAACAACAUCCGACUUCAGUAAAUCCACGUAAUUGAAACAAAUGUUUUUGGCAAUUCGAAGUACAGCGAAAUAUAUCUGGAACGAGUGCUUCCGAUGGCCGAGGUUGGCUCCAGUGGCCUCGCGGAUCACGAUGUCGGCACGAAGGCCGGAGAGAAGACGACUCCAGACGGGCAGGAUGGCGCUGCCUCAGCCUCCUCGUUACCCUGCGCCGCUGACACAAAUGGAUAUCGUACAGAGGACAUUGAAAUGACCCAAGCUACUGAUGGAAAGGCAGAGGAUUAUGUCGGUCAUGUUCAUCACACAAGUGAGGCUUUCCAGUCACUCAGGCAAAGCCUUCUACUCCAAGAAACUAUCUUCACACAAGAGAUGCCCAUUGGUAAAGAUCAAAACGAAGGACAGAUCAAGGCCAAAGCACAGAAACAGCUGGAAGAACAGUUACAUCAGUAUCGCGUAAAACAGCGUACUGGUCGGUUGACAAAGACUUCACCAAAACAACGACAAAUCAGUACACUUGAUCCAGACUUGAUGUUUAACCCAGAUUCACUGCCCCGAGUACAAACCGUUACCAUGACGAAGGAAUAUUCAUACAUUCGAACAACAGUACCACGUGGGCCCAAGGUUGGCAGCCUGGGUAUUCCAAUGAAUACCACUGAUAUGAAAGUGAAAAAAAAUAAAGUGCACUCUCUGUCUGAUUACAAAUCGGUGGCAGACAACAACGAAUAUGACUUAAAGGAUGUUGGAAAUAGCUAUAAUGCAUCAUUUGGUUCAGGAACUAUGAAUUCGUCAACCUCCGCUAUAUCCCUUGUUACAAACACACCUGCGACUGAGCUUAAUUACAACUUAGAAGUGAGGUCACCAGACGGCAAUGCUACCACAGAGGUAAAUAGAGUCGGCGUUGAAGAUCACGCGAUCACUGAACAUAGAACCCCAGAACAUCAGAGAUCGGAGACUGUGAAGACGGAAGAGAGAGAAGGUCCGAGUGUCGGUCAUGAGAUGGACUUGGGGCAAUAUGCCACCCUCCAUGACGUACUGACCUCCGCUGCAGAACAUCUGAUGGAGAUGAAGUUGGAUGACAGCGAGCACAAUGAUACAGAACAGCUGAGUCUCAGCGCUUCCAGCAGUGUUACUAAUCUUACAGUGGAAAAUGACGAGGUGUCCGAAAUUUUGCGAGAGAAGACCCAAUUGGAAGGCCAACUUGAGGCACUGGCUUCCGAAGCCAAACAGGCCAUGAAGGAGAAGACGGAGGUGCAGGCCACACUGGCGGCCUUGGAGGCAGAGCGCAGAGCGGAGCAAGCGCAGGCCGCCUUGGGGGAGUCCAAGUGCAGUGAAAUGGGCCAAGAGGUCCUCACCCUGAAACAGAAGUGCCUCGGUCUGGAGCAGGCCAUGCUGUGUAUGCAAACCAACCUUGAGCUCAAAAACAGCGGCCUCAAGAACUUGAGCAACGAUCUCGGUGCCGCGGAGCAACAGUAUCAGCGUCUCCUGGGACGUUUAGAAGACCUGCAGAAGACUGUUGCUGACAAAGACAAUUCGGUUCACAUGCUGCGGCAGAACAUGUCUUCCAUGCAGCGGCAGCUGCAGCAGGUGCAGGUGGAGCGCUCUGCGCUUGCUUCACAGCUCACCGUCAGUCAGGGGGAGAUCGCAACGCUCAUGCAGGCGCGCGACUGGUACCAGCAGCAGUUGUCGCUUGCCCAGAAAUCACGGGUGCAGCUGCAAAGUGAGCUUAUCAGCAUCCAGGCUGGGAAUGCCAAUCAGACGGGACUCAUGGAACAACUGAAAUUGGAAAACCUGGCCUUGGCCCAGCAGCUGUCAGAUUCACAGCAAAAAUCUCUGAAAGAAAAAGAACAGAUUGCAUUGCAUCUUCAAACGAUCGAGGCUGACUUGUUGGACCAAGAGAAGACGGUGCAGCACAUUGAACAGGCCAAGGCUCUGGUGGAGCAAGACCUCGCACAGCGGGUGGAGAAAUUCGAAGAUGAGCGCUUGCAGCUGAUAAAAAUGGCUGACUGUUCAACUCACUUACAGAAGGAGAUGGACAAGAUGCGGCUGACCGUGCAUCAGAAGGAUCUACAGCUGCAGGCCCUGGAGCAAGAGCAUGUGAGCAUCAUGGAGCAACUGUCGAGCAGCCAGGAGGCCCUGCAUGCCAAGGAGCAUGCCAUGCACAUUCUACAGGCUCAAUAUGACCUGCUCGGCUCCCAGCUCGUCGACCUGCAGGCAGAAAUGAACGUCAAGGACGACAGCAUCGAGUUCCUUCAAAACACGAAGCUGGUGCUCGAGGUGGAGCUGCAGGCGGCGCGUGCGGAACAUCAAGCGGUAGGUGAAGGACUGGGACAGCUGGAAGAUUGCGCCAACACAACAACACAAGAUCUGCAAGAGCUGAGACAACAGCUGACGGUCAAGGGAGCGCAGAUUGAAACAAUUCAGGAAGAAAAUAAAAAACUUUUGAAGCAGGUUCACAAGGUGAAAGACCAGUUAACGCAACAAAAGGUGAUGGUUGAAGCUUACAGGCGAGAUGCCACUGCCAAGGAGCAGCUGUUGAAGGAGCUGAAAACGGCAAAACACAAGCUGGACGUGGAAGUGAGAGGUCUACGUGGGGAGCUGCUGAGCUUCAAAGCUGAGCGCGAAACCUGGGUGAAGGAGCAAGAUCAUCUGAAUAAUGAGCUGAGGCAGCUGAGGGAACAUCUGACUGCCAUGGAAGAUGAGGUUCUGCGAGCAAGUAGAGAGAGAUCUCGCGUUGAGGGGCAACUGCAGUCACUACAGUCAGAGAUAUCAUCAAUGUCAUCCACGAGUCAGGAGAAUGAGGAGUUGAAGACGCAGCUGGAUCAACUGCAACGAGAGGCUAGAAAAGCCAUAACAGAGCAAAAGAACUGCAUGAAGAAGAUUGGAACGGAUUUGAGUUCCGCACAGAAAGACUUGAAGCUUAAGCACAAGGCGUAUGAACAUGCCGUGAGCAUAUUGAGCAGAAAACUGCAGGAGGCACUUUCUGCGAAAGAGACUGCCGAAUUAGAGCUCAACAAGUUACAGGCAAACGUUGCAGCCUCCAACACGCAUCCUACUGCAGAACAUGUGGAGUCCCUUAAGUCGGAGCUGUGUGCUGUCGUGGAAAGGAAAGACAUGCUUGAGAAGGAACUCCAAGAAGUGAUUGCAUCAACAAGCCGGGACUUAGCAGAGAGCCGUACCAAGAUGUUAGACAUGGAAGGAGAGCUGGAGAAGCUUCACGGCGCCAACAGGCGCGUCCGCAGCCUGGAGCAGCUGAAUCGGCGGCUGGCGCUCGAGCUGGAGCACGAGCGGGGGCGUCUGGCGGGGACGAUGCGCUCGCACGUGGCUCUCAAGGAGCAUGCUGCCAUGCUGCAGGCGGCAGUGGCUACCCGCGAGGCCCACCUGCGUCAGCUCAGCCUGCAGGUUCAAGCUGUACUGAGGCAGAAGGAAGAGGAAGACUGUCGCAUGAAGCAGAUCGUGCAGUCUCUGCAGACCUCGUUGGACAAGGAGCAAGAAAAUGUGGCCGACUUAAAACAUCUGGUGUCCUCCACAAAGUGCGAGGCAGCGGACAAUCGCCGCCACUUCAAAGCAGCUUCCUUGGAAUUGGCAGAGCUUAAAAAAGAGCUUUCCACUAAGCAAGGGAUGAUGAGCAAUAUGCAGGAAGAAUUGGAGGAAUUAAGGCUAAAAGAGGCAUCUCGCGAACGGGAGGUGACGGAGCUGCUGCAGGAGUUGGCGGAAGUUCGCACGGAAGUGAAGACGCUGCAGAUUCGACUGUGCGACGAGACUCGCCAGCUUCCCGACACUCAAACGCUGGAGGACGUGAAGUGGCAGUGCGAGCAGAAGGACGUCGAGAUUCAGACGCUGAGGCAGCAGCUCUCCGGAGCGGAACACAGGAGUCGCAUGGAAACGGAGAGUGCCCAGGCGGCUACACAAGAAGCGAGGUCAGAAACGGAGCUCCUGCGAGAAGCGCUCGCUCAGACUCGCAAGGAGAAGUUUGUAGCGGCAGCGCGUGUGAGGCAGCUGCAGAGCAGCAUGAAGGUGGUGCUGCAGCAGAACGAGCAGCUCAAAUUGGACCUGCAGCAGAUGCAACAGCCCCUGUCGUUGAGCAGGGCUGCGGGUGUGGCGAGCACAUUGCCUGGUUCUGGCAAGAGCUUGCACAUCCCACAAUGCCCUGUUCCGGCUGCGCUCCUGGAGGAGUUGCUGAGGCCCCCAAAUCCGGCCCCAGCUCAGCCCUUGGCCAACCUGCAGAACUGCCUGCAAAAGCUGAGGUUUGAGAUGGAAACGCUGCAGCAGCAGAUGGAGGAGCACACGGUGGCUGUGCACGAGUCGGUGUCGUCAUGGACAGAGCUGGAGGGACAGCUGAAAGAUCUGAACACGGCCGAUGGGUCCGCACCAGCGCUUGUAGAAUAGCAGAGCGUGGACUGAGGGUGCCCAUACAUUAAUUCAACAUAUUUAGUUUAAACCGUUGGAAAAUAUAUUUAAUUAAGUGAACUUUAUUAUUUUUUCUUCUGCAGAUGGUUCUGUAACAAGAAAUUAGUAUCACAAAUAAUAACCGUAUUCUGCUCCAAACCUUGCCAAAUGCACGAACAUUUACAACGACACAGCAGGAAUGAUUGGCUGCAGAAUCUGAACAACAUCCUGGUCGCACAAUUGACUGUUUAAAACCAUCAGCAUUUUUGGGUAACACAUAUACGCAUACUUGUAUAAAUCUGAUUCACGGAUGGGGAGUACAGUCGAUGUGUGGGGUGGUUGUGAGAUAUAUAUCAUGUUCCCUGCCACUGAAUACAUUUGUAGGGUGUUUUUUUAAUGGAACACUACACUGCAUGCUGGAAUAAAAUAGAUUUUUUCUUUUAAAUAAUCAAAUGUUAAGGUUGGAAAAUCAACAAUUGUGGUGUAUUGAAAUGAACUUUCAACACAUUUAUGAGCAACCAAAUGUUUUCUAUAUUCAGGUUUGGUGCAAUGCAGGCAUUUUGGGUUUCCCCAUUACUUUUGGCAUUGUCUUGAUAUUUAAUAAAACCACAAUAUCCCCGGUGCUGUGUAGAGUUUGAUUUUCAAAGGCGCAAGUGUUGGGCAUUCAGUGUCAAUCACCUGUACAUUAUCUGAUC